CGCAUCACUUUGAGUCUGUCUCCAUCCAUAGAAAUGCAGAGCACCAGCCUGAGCCUCCUCCUCACUGCGGUACUGCACGUAAGCCGUGUGUCUCACACCCUUACAAUUAACUGUUUCCCUUCAACCACGUCGCGGAUGGAAGCACUGAAUGCUGCACUUUAAGCCUUUAAAGAGAAAACGAACCACAAAGCAACGCGUUUUACUUGAGCUGCAGAGGUUCCUCCAUCUAAAUCAAGAGAUCUCAAAGUGUAUUUCUUGAUCUUAGCGUAGCCACAUCUCAAACUGUCUGACAUCAGCAUGGGCAUUGACAGUGAGGGUCCCACGCCCCCUGCAGGAAUUCUGACGCCAAAGCAGGUCAAGGCUUUUCAGAACGUGGAGCCGAAGGCACUGGGGUCCAUUCAGAUCAUUAUUGGUGUCUUGUGCUUGUGUCUGAGCGUCACCAUUCUUCAGCUCUAUGAAGAGGUCCACUUCUCUCCUGAUGUCAUCGUUGUGGUUGUGAUUGUUGCUCAGUUGCUCUUGUCUGGGUCCAUUUUAAUCCAUACUGGAAGGUUUCCAUCACUGUUUUGGGUGAAAGCCACCCUGGUUGCUCACCUGGUCAGCGCAGCGUUUUCCACUGCGGUUCUCGGGCUGCUGUCCCGUCACCUGCCUUACCGUCAGGACACUUACCACUGUGAGCACUGCAGGAGACUGGAGAUCUAUUCUGUGCAACAAAAUUGUUACAAGAGGUGCACUUAUACUGUCGAGGGAAAAUGUAAACUCUUGAUUGACGGCUUCUUGGCCACCUUGGUUCUGUUUCUUGUGGUGGAGUUGGUGAUCUGCAUUGUGACCAUUUUGUUUGGACUCAGCGCUCUUGCUAAAGCUGGCGUAAAGUUUCCUGGUUUUAGACAGCAUGCAGCUCCAUCUCAGCCUGAGGCGGCGGUCACCCCUAGCCAACCUCAGGUGCAGGUGUUUGUCUCAGAGGUGGAGCCGAUGCCAGAGCACGUCCUUGAACCUCAAACUGAGCCAAUAGAAGAAAUCCCCAGCCCUCCUACUGAACCUCAAGUGGCCCCCAUUGACUCCUUAGCAGACGUUUGACACUUCAUGCUCAUGUGAUCUGUAUGUAUAUUCUAGGGGCUUUGGUGAUCAGUGAGGUUUUAGCAGCAAGGUUUGUUUUUUUUAAUUUAAGUGGUUUCUGAAAUCGACAUGAGAGGUUCCAAUAUGUCAUUAUGCUACAAGGGAAGAAAUGAUGGCAUUUAUCUCUUGAACUCAAAUGCUCACAAGAAAAUGAAAAAUAGUAUAAUAUACACCCAAGCUGGGUUUGAUCUUUUAUUCUGAUAAAAGAAAACAAUGUUUUCUCCAAAUGUAGGGAUGAGUUCUCUGUAGAUAUGAUGUAUACUUUCUAAUGUAAAGUCAUUGGUGCUAGUACAAAAUCCAUUUCAGUGCAGGUCAGGAUGUGGAGAUGGAGAUCAUGUUCUCAUCUUGAUCAAACGGAGAGAGAUAGAAUAGAGAUAGGCCCUUUUCUCAGCUCAGCUAACAAAAUGUGUCCUAGAAAUGUUUUGCUAACGUUCCCAUUAAGUUAUUUCUGAAUGUUCUUGUUCAAAACAAAUAAUUUUUUUUUAAAUAAAUGUAUUGGUUAGAGAAAUAUCACUGCAUAUAUUAUAUAUAAAAUAUAUUAUGUAUUUUAUAUAUUCUAUGCACCAGCAAUCUGAGAUUAUUGCAUCUUAUUUUGAUAUUUUCAGUACAAAAAGAACCUUAUGGCAGUAUGCAAUUAAAAAGUAGUAAGUAGGCUACUAAAUUAUGUAGCCUAUAAAAAUGAAAAAAAUAUUCUUGAUAUUGUUAUUAAAGACUAUAGAUAACUUUGUUACUGGAAGAACAUUUGAUCAUAACUUUGAGAGAACGUUAGCCAAAGUUCUGAGAACAGUCUGUGUUAGCUGGUUGUUUGAUUGCUAUUAUUGUUUCAAAAGGCUUAAUAGUAAAGCUAAUAAUUGUUGUAAGCUACUCACUACCCAAACCCACAGAAUGUCAAUUUUAUAAUCUCACUAGUAUCUCAAUUCCUCUUAUGAAAUUAGAUGUUAUUAUGAUCCGAAAUACGGUUUAUUACAGAUCUGACAAACCAAAGUUACUUUCAUACCUCUUUUACACAACAUCUGUAUAGUUUCUGGUCUGUUCACUCUGUCACAUUUUGUUUAAUUGUGAUCUUGAGCAUGCUGCUAUUACUUCAGUUUCCACUAGAUGGGGAUCAAAGAAUUUGGUCAAUGUAAAAGGACAUUGUAAUAACACAUUCUCAUUGUGUUUGUAUUUUAGGUGCUGAAUGGUCUUAUUAAACCACUUUUUUGCACCAACAA